AUGAGCUUCAGCAACUUCAGCAACCUGAAGGAGCACAAGAAAACACACCGAGCAGAGAGAGAGUUCACCUGCGACCAGUGCGGGAAAUCCUUCAACAUGCAGAGGAAACUGUUCAAACACAAGAGCAGACACAGAGGAGACAAACCCUACUGCUGCCAGACCUGCGGCAAGUGUUUCGCAGGCUCAGGUGAUCUCCAGCGUCACGUGCGCUCUCACACAGGUGAGCGGCCGUAUGUGUGUGACGCCUGCGGGAAGAGCUUCUCUCGUACGGCAGUGUUGCGCAGACACCGCAGCGCAGGAGUGUGUGUGUCCAGCACAGCGGCCCCCGAGUGUGUGUGUGCGCCACAGCGGCCCGGAGAAGUGUGUGUGUCCAGCGAAGCGGCCCCAGAGCCGGGCCCCGAGGAGCUGUGCAGCAGUGGAGCGCUGUGGGGACGAGCCAUGAAGACCCUGCAGAGCGACCUCUGACCUCCAGCAGCCUGACCUCUUCCUCUGAGCAGUGUGCUGCUGAUAUACUGAGAGGUCAGAGGUCACUCAGGUGCGCUGGAGCCUCUGCUGAGCUGCAGCUGUUAGAUCAGAGACGCUCCGAACUCGAAACAGCACACAGCCUGCUGCAGAAACACUGUGUGUGUGUGUGUGUGUGUGUGUGUGUGCGCGCAGACCUCCUCCCUCCAGCGCUCUACACCUCUUCAUCAGCUUCUGUUGAUCAGGGAGAUACUCAGUAGAAUGUUGGAGUACAGCAGGUGUUGCUGAACUGUCUCUGCUGUAACUUCCUCAUGUACUGCGCACAUCAUCAUCAUUCCUGCAUCCUCCACACACACACACACACACACACACACACACACACACACACACACACACACACACACACACACACACAGACACACACACACACUCAUCAUUACUGUCAGCUCAAUAAACCUGUGCUGAAGAGUUA